AUGGGACGUUUCUGUCAAGUGCUCCAAGAAACAGUCGAUUUCUGCUCGGGCGUGGCCGAACAGGACCGCAAACUCAAAGUCGCGGAACGGGUCGAAAGAAUCUCGGUGCAUGACGCACAGCCAUCCAAAAAGGUCACCGUCGGCACAGCAAACCCUGGGUGUCGGCCCAGACACAUUUCUGCUAAAGAAGGCCAAGUGAGAGCAUCUUACAAGGUAGACAAGCCAGAUGCCUUCAAAACAAUAGUUCCGUGGGCCUACACCUACUCGGAGCUUGUUCCGUAG